UUUUUCUUCUUUGCUGUCUGUUAAAAAAUAUUUUAAGUUCCACACACAGCAUCAAAAUCGAAAAAAGAAGUUGCAGAUUUUUCUUCUCUUGUCCUUGUUUUUUUUUGAAAAGCAUUUCUAUUCUCCAAACACGUUCAAUUUUAAAUUUUUUGAUUAAAAUAGUUUUUCUAUUAUAAAUAAUUAAACCAGUGUAAUUAUUUAUUAAAGUGACGCAUUUUAAAUAGAAUCUGCGUUUUGAAUCAGUCUUUUGCUUGUAUUUGGGUGUCUCGUCGUCCUCACACUUAAAUUUUUUUUUUUGCUUUUGGAAAUAUCAAUUCUUUUGUAGUAUUUUUCUUUUGCACAAUGGUCGCCCGAGGAAGAGGAAAAAAAGCAGCAUCAGGAUCAGCAGCCGCUGCUGUUGCAGUUGCUGCUUCUGAAUCAGAAGCAAUUGUAUCAAAUGGAGAUGCUUCUCAAGAAACCGAAACAUCAUCGAGUGAAAUUGUGUCGGCAAUUGCACCAACAAAAAAAGGCAGACAACGAGGCGUUAAAAAAGAUAUAAAAGAUAUCAAGGAGGAGGUAGACGAAACACCUCCACCACCUCAACCAGAAGUUGUUGAAAAACCAACAAAACCUUCAAAGGCUACCAAAGGUGGUUCUAAAAAGGCUGCCAAAGGAAAAGCUGCUGUUGUAGCUGAAGAAGAAGAAAAGGCUACCAUUCCAAUUGAAGUUACAAAAGAAGAGGUUUUAUCAGAAAAUGAUUCUGUCGAAGCUAAAGCUAUUAUCCCUGAAAAGAAGGCGGCUCCUAUUCGCAAACGAAAAGUCGAAAACAUUGAAAAACUCGAAGAUGUUGAAGCAGUGGCCAAAAAAGCUCCAAGAGUGACAAAGACUAAAGGCGCCAAAAAGGAGACAGUUGACAGCGAGGGUAUUCCUGAAGAUCCAGCUGCAGCUGCCGUUUCAAUAACUGUUUUGCCACCAACACAAACAAAUGGGGCUAAAAAACCUUCAAGCAGAAAACGUGCAGCACCUGUAGCUGAAGAAUCAAUUCCUGAAGAACCAAUAAAAGCUGAAGAACCAGAACAAGAAGUUGCUCCAGUGAAAAAAGGUUCUAAGUCAAAAAGUUCAAAGAAAGAACCAAAAGAACCGAAGGAACCAAAAGAAACAAAAAAAUCAGCACCCAAAACAAAGGCAUCCAAAAAAGCACAAAAAGUAAUUGAAGAACCCGAAGAAGAAGAAGAAGCUGCCGAACAUGAUGUCCUUCCUGAAGAUGAAUUUGUUCCAGAAAUCGAAGAAGAGGAAGAAGAACUGCCAAAACCUAAAAAAGUGGUCAAAUCAAAAGGCUCAAGGAAACAAGUCAUACCAUCACCAGGAGCAAUUGAAGAGGAAAAAAUACCAGAACCUAUUAUUGAAGAUGAAGCCUCUGAACCACAAGAAUCAGAAGCUGAUUCUGCUUCAGCUUCAGCCAUAGAUGAAGAACAACAACAGCCAACAAAAUCCAAAGGAAAAAAAGCACCAGCAGCAAAGAAAGAAAAAGCACCAGCAAAAAAAGCCUCAUCGAAAAAAGAAAAAGCUCCCAAAGGCAAAAAACCAGCAACCAAAGAUGAAUCACAAGAUGACCAGCAGCAGAAACAAGCCGAGGACGAAGAUGAAAAUUUAAAUAUUAAAAAUAAUGAAGAAAAUCAAGACGCAGCAGCAGAUGUAGAGACAUCAAAGCGUAAGGUUAACGGAACUGCUAAACCAGCAGCGGAACCAGUAGCUGAAAAGAAAGCAGCAGGACGUGGUCGAAAGCGUGCAGCACCAGAACCAGUAACAAAAACACCUAUAGACGAAACUAAUAAAACAGAGAAAAAACCUGCACGUGGUCGAAAGCGUGCCGCACCAAUCGAUGAGGCUGCUCCUAAUGAUGAUGAAACGGAUGGAGCCAAAAUUGCCAAAUCAGAUGGUCUAUUUAAUCCAACAAAAACCGUAUACAAUUCAAGUGAUUUUACUCUUGACAAAGAGUUCAAUAUGAAGAUAUGUAGUUGGAACAUAGCCGGACUACGUGCUUGGCUCAAAAAAGAUGGGCUCGCUUAUCUACAACACGAACAGCCGGAUAUUUUGUGUCUUCAAGAAAUCAAAUGCACUCCAGAACAACUGCCCGAAGAGGCACGUAUUCCCGGCUAUCAUCCCUAUUGGUUGUGCAUGCCCGGAGGUCAUGCUGGUGUGGCUGUCUACUCAAAAAUUAUGCCAAUCAAUGUUGAAUACGGAAUUGGCAAUGUCGAACAUGAUGACGCUGGCCGCCUAAUAACCGCUGAAUAUGAAAAAUUCUACUUGCUAAGUGUAUAUGUUCCAAAUUCUGGACGCAAAUUGGUAAAUCUAGACAAACGCAUGCAAUGGGAGGAACUCUUUCGUCAAUAUGUUCAAAAAUUGGAAAAAGUCAAACCGGUUAUUAUUGCGGGCGAUAUGAAUGUUUCACAUAAAGAAAUCGACUUGGCCAAUCCCAAGACGAAUACAAAAUCUGCCGGUUUUACACCACAGGAACGUGAUGCAAUGACAAAAUUCCUUGCUUUAGGCUAUGUCGAUACAUUUAGACAUUUUUAUCCAGAUAAAAAGGGUGCCUACACAUACUGGACGUAUAUGGGAGGGGCACGUUCCAAAAAUGUCGGCUGGCGUUUGGAUUAUUUUAUUCUAUCGGAAAGGAUAAUAUCGAAAGCUGUUGAGAGCACUAUUCGGCCACAAGUUUUGGGUAGCGAUCAUUGCCCCAUAACAUUAUUUUUAAAUAUUUAAUUUAUAUAUACCAACCAACACAAAAUUAUAAUUUUGUUUGAAUUUUUUUUUAAAUAACUUAAAUUAUAAUCAAUUUAAAACGGUAUUCCCCCACGUACAGGAAAAAUAACCAAAACAUGUAGCAGGGAAAUUACAUGGAUUUUUAAAAAUAUUUUUUAAGCAUAGUAUACUCGCCUUGAGUGAUGUUACAAAAAUAAAUACGUUCCAGUCAGUUUUUUUUUUUUUCAACAAUAAUUUUAACUUCGGAAGGUGCGGAAGCGAACAUAAGGAAAUUGUACUUUAAACUUGUAUACUGUAUAUUUAUUGAGCUUAUUUGUUAAGUAACGUAAUAAAUGUCUCGAAAUUA